GAGGGCAGAGGGCAGUGAUAAAAGCCGGGAUAAAAGGCGAUGGCCAAUUGAGAGAGGGACACACAAGAUCAACCAUGGGUCGUCUCGUUUGGCUCAUUGUUUUGGUCGUCGCCGCCGCCCUGGCCAACGAUUCUUCAAACAACAACAACUUUAAUUUGAAGCCCGAAGAAUCCGAGUUUCGGCAGGAAAUGUUGAAGAAUUUGAACAAAACGAAUGAAAUGUUGAACCGACUCAUGAGAAUCGUCUACGAGCAGGUUGUGGAGACGCGGAAAGUGGCCGAGGAGCAAAACCAAUUGGCCGACGCAACCCAAAACAAAUUGGACCAACUGGCCACAAAUGUCGACCAGCGCCUCAAUCAGACGUUGGAAAGAGUUGAGGAGGCGGAGAAAGGAAAUGAGGAGCUUCUCAAAUAUUUGAACAAAGCAACUUCCGAGAGGUUCAAUCGGAUGGAAAAACAAAUCUAUCAGGUCUUGGAAAAAGAUAAGGAAAUGGAAGAGAAGAGGCAAAACGACAGAGAAAAGUUGGACGCUUUGGCAAAUUUUACUGAACGUCACAUUCAGUUCUUUCAAAUCAGAUUCCCAACGCACUGCAAUCUCGCUCGUUUGUCAAACCUGACGGUGCUUUCUAAUGGCAAGAUUUAUUCUUUCCAUCAAACUCUGGAAAACUGGACUUCAGCAAAUGAAACUUGCAGCAAAAAUGGCCUGCACUUGGCCACGAUCAGAGAUCAAAAUGAGGCACAGCUGGUCGCGGCUGAAGCGCAAAGAAUUAUAAAGGGUUAUGCUUGGUGGGUUUCGGCGAAAAACCUAGGAAGGGGAAGUGAAAAGGACUUCAGAUGGCGUGACGGGACCAAGUUGGAGUUGGACAGUCCCUUGUGGUGGGAAAAAGCGGACAAGACGGAGGAUUGCGUUCGCACCUAUAAUUGGACCAAUAGAAAAUUGUACAGCUAUCCAUGCAACAGUGAUCUGCCGUUCAUUUGCGAAUUGCCCAGCGAAUGUUACUGAGAACAAAUUUGAAUUAAUUAAUCUGAGGUUUUAUGUUUCAACAACGGAUUUAAUAAAAAAAAAAUUAAAAAAGUUUUGCAACGGUAUCUUCUAAUUUUUGUGAAUUACGUUUUUAGAUUAGAUUUUGGAAUAAAAUUGUUAAGCAGGUGAAAA